GAGAGCUGAAAUGAAUAUAAUUUAAUAGUCGGGGAAUGGAAAUAAGGUUUGCCCAACCUUAAACCACUCACAAAAUUACUGCCGGUACCUGAACAACACAAGCGAGCAUUUCACAUAGAAAACCUGUUUGGUUUCGCUGAGAGUCUUGGUUUCUUCCGAACACAGUUGUAUUGACUAUUGAGGUUCUUAUGUGGCGUUUGGCUUCAAAUUUUCUAGGAAAAGCCUCCCUGUCUAGAAAACCCCAUUCUCUCACUCAAAAACAUCAAUUUUUGGUGUUUUUUCGCUGCAUUUAUAAUCAUUCAGCUUCAAGGCCUAGCUUAUCGAUAUGGAGACGAAAGAAGGAGAUGGGAAAAGAAGGAUUGAUGGCGGCCAAAGAGCUGAAGAGACUCCAAUCGAAUCCUGUCCGACUCGACCGGUUUAUUACAUCAAAUGUUUCUCGCUUGCUCAAGUCUGAUCUUCUUGCUGUUCUCGCUGAGUUUCAAAGGCAAGACCAGUUAUAUGAUGUUGUGCGCAAAGAGAUUUGGUAUCGGCCAGACAUGUUCCUUUUCAGGGACAUGCUUAUGAUGCUUGCAAGAAACAAGAAGGUAGAUGAAGCAAAUCAGGUUUGGCGAGAUUUGAGGAGAGAGGAAGUUCUGUUUGAUCAGCAUACCUUCGGGGACAUAAUUAGAGCCUUCUUAGAUAAUGGAUUGCCCUCAAAGGCAAUGGACAUAUAUGAGGAAAUGAGACAAUCUCCUGAUCCACCAAUAUCUUUGCCUUUUCGUGUGAUCUUGAAGGGGCUUAUUCCGUUCCCAGAAUUAAGAGAGGAGGUAAAAGAUGACUUCCUGGAGCUUUUCCCUGACAUGAUCGUGUAUGAUCCAGCUGAGGACUUGUUUGAAGAUCAAGAAAGGGAGAAGGAUAGGGAAGAUGAUUAGGGGUGGAGCGAUCCAGCUCUAUGAUCUACUGCUUCACAAGCAAUGAUGUUUUUCCUUGUGCGAACUUAACCAUUUGCUAGAGCGAGAAGAAAUUAAUGCCUGUACAAGAUUGAUAGUUGUUGGUGAAUUACUUGUGGAAAAUAGCUCCGAGAAGCUCAAGAACUCACUUUCGGGUGUCUGAAGUUUUGAAUCUCAGUCAGCACAUGAUGCGAGCAUUAUCUUCCUUUCUGCUCCUAGAAGCAUCAUCAAGUGCCUGUAAUUCAACUUGGGAAGCGGUGUGGUGGGAUAUAAAAAAUAUCGCUUAUUGAGUUAAAGACAACAACCUAUAUUACAGAAGAGAAGUUCGUCUUCGUUAAUUUUGCUUUUUCAGGACCAUUUGGAGAAAUGAUUUUGUUCUCAUUCCAAGUUUCUUUUACGGCUCUAAAUUGUGUGGUGAUAUGUAAUUUUCGUUUGUUUA